AGGUGUUCGUAUUCUCAAUAUUGCCAGCAGACGCUUUCUUUGCCGUGUAGCUUACCGUUGAUUAUACACACCCUCUCUCUCUCUUAUCCUCCACGGUGUUUCAUGACCUUCAAAGAAUUCCGUAUUGCAUUCGAAAAGAACAAGGUCAUCUACGAUAGCGCACUGCUUACCUUCAAGGGUGUCGACGGCUUCGACGUGUACAACUGCUCCGUCCCCUUCCAGUAUAAGGGCAAAGCCCACAUCUUUGGCCGCAUCGAGAGGCGGGAGAGGUGGGCGGAGCCUCGCGUGCGACUCUUUAUUCAAACUGACAAGGAUGAGUUUACGCUGGUGCCGGACCAACUGACGUACCAGCUGGAGGACCCUUUUGUGGCUCGCGUGGCGGGUCAGAUGCUCUUUGGUGGCACCCAAGUGCUCAAAAGCGCCGGCGACGUGACGAGCUGCUUUUGCGACUUUUACCGCGGAACACCGCAGGAGCUGUCCUACUUCACCACUGGCCCUGAUUGCAUGAAGUACAUCCGUGCGGUGCAGUUGGCAGACGGCGGCAUCGGACUCUUCUCGUGGCACAGAACGGACGACUUGUGUUUGAUCGGUUUCACCACGGUCAAGACGCUACAUGAAAUCACACGCGACGUUAUCGACGCUGCGCAGCCCAUCGAUCACCGACCUUUUCUCGACGCCUGCGGUGGUGUGAAUCAGGCGUAUCUGCUCUCCAGCGGCGAGGUCGGCUGCAUCUCGCACCACGGCUACGUCGACAGGGACGACGCGGGUGAGCAGCUCAACGUGUACUGCAUCACGUCCUUCGUGUACAACCCGGCCACCAAUGACACCCUUGCCUUCAAGGUGCUCGGCACGAAAGACUGCUUCCCGGCGUGUCCGGCAAAGGCACCGCGGGUCGCCGACUGCGCAUUUGCGACGGGGAUCGUCAUGAGAGACGAUGGAAAGUGCGACCUCUACAGCGGUAUUGGCGACACACACGAGGGCCGCAUCACCAUCGACUACCCGUUUGAAGGGCACGGGGAGCUGAUUGGUGAUCUGACUUUUUAA